UUGGGAAGAAGCUUGAAUCACUAGACUAAAUCAACUUCAGUGCUGUUGUAAACAACUUACCUUGUCAGUGUUUGUUGGGCACUUCAAAAAGAAGGCGCUGGGAUACGUCUCGUAAGCAUGAAGUCUCAGGUAGUUGUCUAUAAUUUAGCACUGAUUCGGAGUUUGUGGGAAUGCAGAGUGAAAAAAUACAUACAGAAGCAGAAGAAAGAAGAAGAAAGGCAAGAGAAAAGUGCCUUAAAAAAGUUGACUGAAGAAUGGACCUUUAGACUUGAAAUAAAGAAAAGAGCACUUUUAAGAAAGAGUCAACUGGAAGUUGCAGAUGAACUGUAUCAUAUCCAUGACAAACAUUUUCAGUCUGCAGAACGUACCUCACCCGAUUCAGGAAUUGAUGUUGAGGCUGAAGACAGAAAUUUUAUAUUUGAGCUCAAUGGAGAACAUCACACGGAGAUCCCAGAUUAUUUGAAAGAAAUGGUUAAUGUCCGACAAUGGCACAUAAAUAGGACAAGCAUACAGGAAAUUCCAGGAUAUAUUGAGGUGUUUCAAGAUUUGAAAGUUUUACAGCUGUCGCACAAUGGCAUUCGAGAGCUACCACCGGAGAUAGGUACACUCAUUAACCUUAGAGAACUGGAUGUCAGUUACAACAGAUUAUCUGGUGUUCCACCACAACUUGGUGACUGUGAGAACCUGGAGAAACUUGAUCUAGCUGCAAAUCUAGACCUAUGGGAGCUGCCGUUUGAGCUCAGCAAUCUGAAAAAACUUCUGUACCUUGACCUAGCUGGGAACAGAUUCAGCAGCAUACCCAUCUGUGUUCUUCGCAUGUCAAGUCUGCAGUGGCUGGAUAUCAGCAGCAAUAAACUAAAAGAGCUUCCACAGGAUAUUGACAGGCUUGAAAAUCUGGAAUCCCUGUUCCUCCAGAAAAAUAUAAUGACAUACCUUCCGAAUUCCUUGUGUAACCUACCAAAGAUCACUAUGCUUGUAGUCAGUGGGGAAAACCUUGUCCAAAUUCCGACGUACAUUUGCAGCAGCCCUCAUAUUAAAUACAUCAAUUUAUUGGAUAACCCAUUAGGAUCCGAGGAGGAGAAAGCCCAGCCUGACUUGGAGGAUGAAGAUGCUGAAGAAAAAGAGCUGGAGAAGGAAUUCAUGAAAGCCUACAUUGAAAGCCUGAAGGAACGAGAGUCAGCCCCCUGCUACACUAUGAAGGUAUCACUGAGCUGUCAGUUAUGACACACUGACAUGGAACUAUUCAAGAGAAGUAUGCAUAAUUAUACUGGAUUGAAGAUUCUGGAAAGACAAAGUAAAUUUGUUACUAAUUUUAAACAAGUACCGAAGUCUUGUGAUGGGCUUAUGCCAUACCAGAAUUUAAAAAUGUAUGGGAGUUAAAUAAUUAAAAAUCACUUUGAUAUUUUUUUUAUAUAUAUUUUCUCUGUGGCACACUGGCAUAGUGAAUAAUGUUGCCGUCUCACAGAGUUAAAGUUCUGCAUUUGAAUCCCUUGCUUGGUCACUGUCUGUGAAAAGUCUGCACAUUCUCCCUGUGUCUAUAUGGGGGUAUUUCCAGGGUGUUCCAGGGAUCUUCCAACAUCCCAAAGCUAUAUGUGUUAGGUGAACUUGCAGUUCUGAACUGCCCCUGUAUAUAUGAAUGCAUACACACACACACACACACACACACAGGCAAAUAGCUUAAAUAGCUUUUAAAACACUUUUGAUAUAAAAUUUGUCCACUUAGUCAAACUCAAGGACACGUGCAAGUCUAAGAGUCCAUUGCCGGUAGCCCACAGUCAUCCUGUUUGCACUGUUAGUGACCGGCAUGUCGUAAUUUGAAUUUUAUUGUCUGAAGGGAGCAAUCCCUCACAGAUUUACAGAGAAACAUUAGCACAAUAUGCUUAUUAGACAAAGAAAGGAGUAAAGAGAAGUGUGGAAAGGUUAGGAGUUGUGUCUGAUGAAAGCCGUAUGGUCCAUCAGGUCACUUUAGGAACAGUAAGAAUUAUUUAAAAAUGUAUGUUCUGAUUUACAAUUUACUGAUUGUAAUGCAAUCUGUAAAAUCAAUACAGUAUAUUUCAAAUGCAGGAGACAGUAUUGACAAACAAGCUGUUUGGGAGAAGUAUUUGAAAAAGAAAGGAUACAAUUUUGAAAAUAAAUGCAAAUAUUUUUCUAAAUGUUUUGUGAUAAAUUACAUUUACUUUUCUUUUGCUUAUAAAGAGCAUAAAAUAUAUUUAUAUGAAAUGCAUCAAUUUUUCAGUCCAUCUAUUUUCUUAACCUGCUAAUCAAGAGCUGGGUCACAGGUAAGCUGGAGCCUAUCCCAGCAAGCACCGGGUGCAAGACAGAAACAAUAUAUUAAAUAGUUAUUUCAGAAGAUGCAAACAACUUUUGAAGACAUAAAUAAUGAGAAAUUUGACAGUAGAGGAGUUUGGCAGAUGUCUUUCAAGUUAUUAAGGGAGGUCAGGGGCUUGUAAGUAGAGGCCAUGUGAAGCAAUUCUAUCCAAGAUUUCAGGUGACUUUUUAGUAAUGCGAUCUUUUUAUGAAACAAAAGCACAGCAGCAUUCCCUUCUGUGUCUCUCAUCUCCGAUAUAUGCUGCUACUUUAAACAUUAGUUAGCAGUCAAUCAUGAACCCUCCAACCAUUUCAGAAAUAACAUAGCAACAGACCUUUGUCACAAUGUCUUUUACAAGACAUAUGAACCAAUUGAAUAGCUUUUCUCAAUUACAUUAAGCGUAUUUCCCAAAAGCAGCUAUAUUUCCAUACUAACUUUAACAUCCACAAAGCAAAAUAAUCUCAACGCAUGUGUUGUGAGCAAUUAAGACGUAUCAAGGCUAAAUAUGGAUGAUGUAUUGGUUGGCACACUGUGGCCCAAGCACAGUCUGGGUGAGCUGAUGCCUUUGUGGGUUUUCUUUAAGAACAAUGAUGAUGAUUUGGACUCACAUGUGAAAAUCUUGUAGGUCAAGUUGAAAAGAACUUUAAAUUGGACAGUGCAAUGGAGUGUGGGUAAGUGAACCAUGUAAUGGAUAGCAUUCCUUCAAGGUUUGGUUUCUGUCUUGUUCUCUUUGAAUCCUUAAAUGUUCAAUCAUAGGAAGCAAACUAAAAGAACAUCUCUUUUUACAGACAAGUGAAAAAUACAACAUUUAGGGAUGUGCCGGGUAUGAAAAAUGUAUGGAUUGAUUUGUUUGUGUCUCCAUCUUGCAUGGAAAGUUUUACAUAGAUAUUUUUGAAGUUUCCAUAAGGUGAAUUAUUUCUUUUGUAUUAAGUUGUACAGCAGUAAUUUUUUAUUCUGUGUGACACAUUCAUUGUAUUAGUAAUUAAAUCAUUCAUUGAUGGAUUGUACAAAUGAAAUUCUGCAUGCUGCUAUGCAAAAAUGUAAAUGCUUUAUUUUUUUACCAUCAUUUAAAGAUGUUUUCAUUCAAGUUACUUUCCAGUUUAAACCAAAGCAUUAUUGUUUUAUUGUUAUUGUCUAAAUCUGAUUGUUUUUUUCUUAGAUUUUAAAAAUAUAUAUAGUCAUUUGAUAUUUGGGAACAGAUUUUCCUGUUGCCUAUGAGUACAGCAAAUAAAGUUAAGCUACGCAAAA